UCAUGAGCAACUCUUGUUUAACUUUGUACUAUAUAUAGCUGUUCAUUUGCUUCAAAUAAAGAUAUCGGAGUGAGAGUUGAUUCUCACUAUAGCUUCACUACUACGAUUAGAGUUAGCCACUCGAGGAUCUAUAUCCUCACACAGAGCUAUGUUAGUCAUCAAUCUAUAGUGUUAAAAAAGACCUACAUUAUUUUUAAGAAAUACAAACUUUCUUAUCGGAGUUCGAAAAAAAAGUGUACAUCUAACUGAUAGUCUAUUCAUUUCUGUAUAGGUGAUACCACAAAUACGUCAAAUAUAACUAGUAUCAAUGUUACAACAAGUGAUCAAAUCAAUGAUGAAACGAAAGAUAUAUCAGUUGAAAAUAUUAGUCAAAAUUCUGAUGAAGUUAUUGUUCGUGAUAGUGGUCAAUUUGAAGAUACAAAUACACAUACACAUGAAUCUGUUUAUGAUAUGGGCAUAAAAAGAAGAACAAAUAUUGAUAAAUUAGGUCAUUGUGCAGCUAUGUUAUUAUACAAAAUUAGACACAAAUUAUCCAAUGUAGCAAUGGAUGAUUACUGUAAACAUUUUAGUGCAAUUAAUGUAAAUAAUGUUCCUCGUUCAUUUGUUGCUGUACGUAAUAAUUUAUCAAAUGUAUCAGUUGACGAUGAUAAUAUUGAAACAAUUUAUAUUUGUUAUAAUUGUAAAAAUAUAAUGAAUAAUCAUGAUCAAUGUCAAACCAAUGGAUGUGAACAAAAUGAUUAUAAUGUUACCCCACCGCAUGUAUUUUAUAAACUAUCAAUUAUAUCACAAUUAAAAAUUUUAUUAGUAAUACCAAAUUCAUAUAACAAAAUGUGUGAUGGUAGAAAGCAAGUUAAAAAAAGAAGCAAAAUGAUAUACAUAAACAAGAAAAUGAUGAUUGUUUUACUUUUACAAUAA